UGUAUACUUAUUAUGACAUGCAGGCGAUCGACCAUUCAGAUCACAGACACUAUCACUUCUGUUCGCAGAACAGACAACGGAGCGACGACAUCUACGAAGAUGCAGAUGUUCGCUUGCGCUCAUCACGGCAAAAGCUAGGAGCCGUUAUUUAUGGCUGAGACUUCGAUCGUGCGCGCGCCGUUGAGCUCGGGCGUCGGUGCAUCUACUUCGAUACCUAAGACAAAGGCGAAGGCGAAGAAAGAUGUAUUGGAUAAUCUUCUCGUAGAUAUACAAGAUGCUUUGAUUGUAGAGGAUCUCCUCUAUGUUCUGAUGGUAUGUUUUCGCGAGUUGUCGUCAUGUUCGAGGUGUAUGGCCGUUUUGUGGUAUCAGCUGGAACAUCCUGCGACCUUCUUUGUGUCAGAUGUUCGAUCACCACCUAUUCAUCACCUUUCCUUCAUUUCAGUUCAUAUUCAGCUUACAAUUACAACAAUGACCGGAGCUUUGGUGUUCCUGCUUAACCUCAUAAUUGUUUUUACUAAUUUUCGUGCCUCUGCCUUGUGCUUCACCUCGUUCUCACCUGAACCUCUACAGGAUAUCGAGGAACAUAUAUUUCCCAUUAUCCUGAACGCUCGCCAGAAGAUGACGACCCACUGAAGGGAAUACAUCUUGUUGUGUCCUUUCCCCUAGAUUCGUCCCUUCGAGACCUAACAGAACGGAUAGUGACCCUCGGCACUCACUACACUGCUAUCUCCUCUUUUGUAGAGAGCCGCAGCCA